GAUAUGAACGGAGUUUUAGACAGAGAAAUACUAUCCUCUUCUGUCAUGGAGAAGUUGUAUAGAGUGAGUCGUGAGUCAAGUUGAUGGAGGGAAGUCCCAUCUCCUCAUAUCCUUUUUAACUGAAUGAAAUAUUUGGAGCUAGGAAGUAAUAAUAUAUAUUUAUCUAAUCUAAUAAGAGAAAAUAAUUCAAAAGUAUUUAAUAGAUAUGUUCUAUGAUUUCUCCAAAUUUUGAGUAUGUUAUAAGUUGGUGAAUAGGUGUUUUUAUUAUGUACAGAUGGCGAGAAUAUCGAAAAUAUUAGCAUAAGUAAAUUAUUGAACGUAACCUCGCAAGAUGAUAAUGUACGUUUUCGGUUUUUAAUUAUGUAUAAAAGUCGUAAAUUAGUGUAAACAAAUAUUUUAAAAAUGAGUCAUAUAGUAGUAAUACGAAGCUAUAAGCCGGGUGAUGAAAUUCACUGUAAAGAGUUAGCAAAAUCCGGUGUUAUGUCAUCUUUAAGCUCAACAUUUUUUGGAAUUGUAUUAAAGGAAUUAACAUUCCAGUUGAUGAUACUAUUCGCCGCUAUAAUGUUCAUUUUCUUUGGAUUGCCUCUCACAGUUUGUUUCUUAGUUAUACCCCUUGUUAUUUUUCUUGUGUAUGUUGGAACUUACAUAGCUUUCACUGCGAAAACUAUGGAAGUUAGUGAAGAAGUUUCUAAUAUACCAAGGAUGUACAUGUCCAAUGCAUUUUCAUGCUGUUGGGUUGCUGAAGCAUUUGAACCUUACCUAAUGACAAAUGAUCCAAAGAAUAUACAUUACACCAUUAUGACAGAACAGCAGUUUCGUGAUUCAAACAUUGAUAUUUCAUCUCAAAUAAAAAGGAUUGUAGGAACUGUUGCUUUGUGUAAAAGUCAUAGAUUAGACAAAGGUGCAUGGAUCAAAAGACUCUAUGUACAUGAGAGAUAUAGAAGGAAAGGAAUAGCUUCAUGUUUAAUUAAUGUUGCUGUACAGUUUGCUAUGGAUCAAGGGUAUAGCUGUGCUAAUAUUGUUGCUUCUGAAUAUACAGAAGGUGGAAGAGAACUAUGUCUUAAAAAAGGUUUCGAGUUGCAACAAAUGUAUCAUAAACCUAUAUUGGGUCCACUCAUAUCUACAUUAAUGUAUGAAUUGACAUAUCAGAUUAAACCUGGUGAAGAUGAUUAUGUGCCUACCGAAUACAACAGAUCAAUGCUUAAUCAAUAAGAAUUAGAUCUGAUAUUUGAUCUAAUGCUUGAGCUGAAUUUUUGAUACAUUCAUAAACUCAAACAUAUAUUUCCAGAGAAAAUGUUUCUAAAAGUUAAAUUUAUAACUAAUUAAAUAGAACUACUUAUAUUUUAUAU